AUGGCCGCACCAAGCGCUCGCCUAGGCAAGGUGAAGAAACAACACUUCGCGCAUGGCAUGACACGACGCUUGGCCAUCCGGCCGUCGACUGUCCCUUACUGCCCGGACGGCUACAAAGACUGCGGCUCUUGCCGCUGCGUUCCAGAGGCGACAUGCUCUUGGUGCCCAGGAGGUUUGCACCAAGCAAUACCGGAGCCAAUUGAGUCAACAGUGCCUGGAUGCCAUCCAGACUAUGUCGACUGCGGAGACUGUAUGUGCGUGCCAAGAUCUACUUGCGAAUGGUGUGGCUCUGGUCUUGGAGAUGGGAAUGAAAGUGAGGGCAACAACACGCCGGGCCACAACAUUACAAUGAGACCGUCACUCGUGCCAUACUGUCCAGAGAGCCAUGUCGACUGUGGAACCUGCUUGUGCGUUGCGGAGUCCACGUGCCAGUGGUGCCCGACCCCUUUUCGACCAACUCUUGCACUUCCAGCUCCGAGCGACAACGUGACCAUGCGCCCCUCCAUGAUCUUGGGUUGUCCUGACAGCCACGUCGACUGUGGUGCCUGUGCGUGCCCCCUGGCAGUUGCAGGCUCCCUUUCGCGGGGUGGUGUCCGGGUGCAGCUGCACCCUCAGAGAAUCGCAGCAUUGUCUCGCGGCCCUCUGAAGUGCCUCUCUGUCCGCAAAGCUAUGUCGACUGUGGUUCGUGCCUUUGCUUACAAUGGCAGUGGCCUCAGGCUCAUUGUGGAGUGUUUCUGCUAUUUGUGUGUGUGUGCCAUCAUCUACUUGCCGCUGGUGUCCCGGAAGUGGAGCUACAAGCCCAGCGCCACCAAGUUUUAUGUGGACUGCGGCACCUGCAGGUGCGUGUCCGAGACGACAUGCCAGUGGUGUCCCGGAGCAGGAACACCACAGCCUCUGCCCCCACCUCCGCGCAGGCCAAAGCAGCCAUCGCAGGUCACUGGCUGUCCAGCGGCCUUCUUUGAUUGCGGAACCUGCCACUGCGUGCCUGAACACACCUGCCGAUGGUGCCCAGGCUGGGAUGAGGAGCCACCGUUGCUUACAACUACAGCGCCAGUGACGGUGUCGAGCACACAGGCACCUCCCAGCAGCAGUUUAUCACUGAGCACCUCAGGCUCGCCUGGCUUCUGCCCAGCCGGCUUCACCUUCUGCGAUGACUCGGGAUGCGUAUGGGGACUUAGCUGCAGUGACUAUGGUUAUGGAUGGCGAUCUCAGGAGACCCAGGACCCGGCAAGCGAGGGCAAAGUGCUGGUGAUUUUGAACUUUUGCCUUCAUGUGACGUGCCUUGCUGACAUAAGGUGUCCGGUCAUGGCUGAGCCAGGCUGCUUUGACCAGGAGUUCACCUGCGAGCGGUGCUGUGACACCAGGGCAAUCCCCGUGGGAGAUCUGAGCUGUUGGAUGGGGGACAUCCGCUUUGCUACCUGUUGUGGCCUGACAAAGCUGCGCUUCCAGGCGACAGCAAUGCUGCCUGCCAUGGACCACCUUGCUGGACCUGCAACAUGCCCUCCAAACGCGCAGGCUCAUUGCUUUGACUCCUACUUUCCCUGUGAGAGAUGUUGUGACACCCGCAGGGGGGGGCAAGGAGAUCUCGCAUGCUGGCCGGACACGACGCCCAUGGGCCUGAGAACUCUCAGCUACAACUUCUGCUGUGGCUUAAUGCCCUUUGCCAGCAACGAGCGCAUUCCCUGGUAG